UAAUGAUAAAGGAAUACUAUUUUUGCUAUCAAAGGUAUACCUCCGGUAGUGAGGUCAAUAAAAAUGUGUACUAGACCUAUUAUACAGUUCGAAGAGGCUACAAGACAGACUUUCAUUUAAUUCAUCAUGCAUAUACAUGUACUAUACACUACGUUCACGCAACCUCACUCCAGCACUUCACUACUUUAGUGCAUUUGCAUAAUCGUGAAUAAUUAUGUUACUUUACUGAGUGCUGCCUUAAAACAUUUUAGGGAGGUUGUCCUUUUAAGAGGUGUCCAUGCUUAUAUUCUCAUAUAAAAUUGAGGCUCUAGUUACAUACCCUUCGACUGCAUCCCAUCAAAUAGUGUAUAGAAGUUAAUGUUUAUAUAGUUAUGACCACAUAAAUCAACUGUUUGUUUUUGCCAUUAGCCACUUUCAAUAUCAAUUCCUUUUUUAGUCAGGUUUAAUAAAGCUGUUGUGAUGUUUUUAGUUAGACUAUUCUAUUUAUUUAUAGUUGUCCAAACUGAACAUGAAUGUUUAUAUAAUGAGUGCACUUUUUUAUGGUUGUGGUUGGGGUUGUCAUGGUAGCGUUCCAGUAAACUUGUCGGCUUAUUUUGUGUUGAUCGAUACAUGUACAGAUCUAGAUACAGGAUUGCAUGGUAAAGAUCACACUAUGAAUAGGACAGUUUCAGUAUUAAUGUCAUGGUUUAAACCUAGUGUCAGUAAAUAGCUUAGCACAUGUAGAUCUACACUCAUGAUCUGAUGGACAAGAGUUUGACAUCAUUCACUUUCUUUUUUGUGAUAGGGUCAUUCAUCAUAGCUGUAAAAGCUCAGUUCACAGUACAGCCAUUGUCAAUGGAGAGAGCCGAGGGACUGGAGGCAGUGUUCAGUUGUCAGUAUCAAGUGGAGGGAUUCUUUGUUACUUAUGAUUGGGCAAUAAACAAUACGAUAGUCUCAACAGAUACAGAAACUAUUAGAGUACGUCCACCUUUAUCCCCUGGUGGUCCAACCACACUGAUAGUCUUGGCCACUCCGCAGCACAACAACUCUGUUGUUCUGUGCCGUGCUACAAUUAGUAAUGGUAUUGUUUUUGUAAGGUCUGAAUUAUCGAUCACAGCAACUCUAACUGUUCAUGGAACGGUAAUCACUAAUGUUUUGACUGCUCCAAAUACCAUCACUGUGAUGUGGAAUGCUCUACCUCUCACUGAGUAUUGUGUGGACAUCACCAGGACAACUCUGGACUCGACUGAAACAGUGGUUCUUGAUUCUCUGUGUGGACUGGCUAAUGAGUACACCUUCACGUACUCCAACCCCAUCAGUGUGUGUGACAGAUUCUCCUUCACUGUGACUCCUACUGAAGGAGAGAUGAGGGGAACAACCAGUGAACCAGUUACUGGGUUCUUUACGAGGGCAGAAGGCAGUGGAGAACGACGUCGUAUUCGUGAAAAUGGAGGGAAUAAGUUAGUUGAGUUUGAGGCCACUAUACCAAGUUGCACAAGGUUCACUCGGUAUAGUGUGAACUCUGACCUAUUGACUCCCUCAAUCAGUCGUUCAAUCACGGACCCUUUGUUUGAUGGCUCACUCAGUUUCUCCCUCCCCACUGACAAGAUGAUAGAAUACAGUGUCACACUGACUGAUGAGAAUGGAAUAGACCUCGUGUUUGGGAACAUUUCAAUCAGUACAUUUGACGUUCAAGACCUGCUAGUGUCUGAAUGUCCUGGUGGCGGUGGUAUUUGUGUGAGCAUUGAGUAUGUUGAAGGUACUAUCUCUCCCGGAGCUCUCGUCUGUGCAGUUCAUAUCAUUGAUGAAAUCCUUGAUUUUGCUAACGUGAAACUGGUCACCAUCCCUCGGAAUUCUAUCGAGAAUUUCACCAUUCCUGUUCGUAGCGGAGAAUACAAAGUGAUUGCUUUUGAUCUGGAGAAUACCAAGUUACCAAGAAUGCCCAUCUCUAUGGUAGCACUGAGUCUGGACAUUAUAGUGAAUUCGACUGGGGAAGGAACCAGUCCACCACCCAGUGAAGUCGUUAGUGCAACCAACUUAUCAAAUGGAGAUCUUGAGGUGACUUUCUCUGACUCUGCUCGGAAUUGUCUAGUUCUGUUUCAACCCAUUUUGGACAGAGUACUACGUGUAGUUGAUUUUAUCAACACAUCUGAAAGCUCUACUGUCGUUGUUGUUCGGAAGGACACCUUUGGUGAUGGCUAUGUGGUGGUGUAUUCUUGGAAUAGUUCACAGUCCAUCUUUGAAGGAGAAGUAUCGCUCAUUAUACAACUGGAUCCACCCACCUCUGCUCCCACUACACCUCCAACGUCUGAUCCACAAACAGACCCACCUCCUCCUGAUAUGGAGUCCCUGCCAACAUCAGUUAUCGCUGCAGCAGCCAUAGCUGGUUUGGUGACUCUGCUAUUGCUUGUGGUCACCGCUGUUGGAACUGUCGUAGUGAUUUUAAGAAAACGGAGACAAAAUGAAGUUGAGGUUCCAGAGUCAGAUGGAAGAGUGGAUUGGUCAUCAACAUUUGCAGGAAUUGAGCAGCCUAACGAAGCUUAUGCUCCAGUACUGACGAGGAACAUUGCCUAUGAGCAGACAAAGAAACCACGGAGACAGAGGAUCGAUGACUCACAAGCCCCGGCAACAACAGAGGGACAGUAUGAAAGCAUUGAGCCAGUUCAUGAGUACGAGGAUGUGUUGCCUCAGGGAAAAGCAAGUCGUGCAAAUUAUGUUAACGUUAACUGACAAAUUUACCCACUUAUUUUUAUCCCACACAUUUCUAUACCGUAUAGCGGGAAAUUUUUGCGGUGCACAUUUUCACUAUUUGGCUACAGAGCCCUCAGCAUAAAUGUUCAUGUGUUCUAGUAUUUUGCGUUUCAAUGCCAGGAAACCACACCCACCAAUAGCUUUGCAUGUGAAAUACCGAUGCGUGGGAGUUUAUUAUCCCAUUUUCGCGUCUUCUUUUUGCCCUCACCUCACGAAAAUUUCCCGCUGUACGGUAUGCGAUUGUACAAUGUACCAUUCUAUCAAUUUUUACAAAACUUACAUUUACAUAUGUAUUCUUAGUGUGGAUUGUGUUAUUAUAUGUAAUAUUUACCAGCCCCUCUGAUUAUAGAUGAGUGCAUUGCUAAUUUACUUCUACAUAGCUUGGCACACCUAUUCUUUGAUAGGUAAUUACACUAGUUUCCUCUGCAUGAGUACCACUAUUGGCACACCGUUACUGCCAUGCUAGGGUACCGGCUUACAGUUUUAAUUUGUCAGUAUGUGUGUGUGAGCCUAUACUGAAUUAUUAUCUCCCCAGAAUCUCGACCCCGGAAAAUGCACCCAUGUAAAUCUGUACAUAAUAAAUUGUGUGCUGUCAAAUUACUGUACCUUUAAAUUACCCUUACAUUAUAUCUGAAUGAACUGCUGAAACACAAUUUACAUGUUGCUUAAUUUAGACAUAGGGAUACAGUCAUUUUAGUAAAACUUGCAAUAUUCUGAUACCUUUCUGCAACCACAGUUGUAACCACAUUGAUGAGUAUGAAUACCAUUAAGCAUGGAAAGUUCAAACAUCUAACAGCAGCCAAGCACUAGUUUUUCUGCACUGCAUGUACACUGUACACCAUAAUGACUUCACACAGCCUCAGAGAACAGCUCAAACAUGCUAAUGAAGAGGAUGUUCGUAUAAGUGUCCAGGGUUCUCAUAAUUCGAAUAACACUAUAAUUAUAUACAUGUACAUAUACCCAUGUAACUUAUUUUCAGCAUGCUGUAAUGCAUGCAUGUUGCUUCCCUUCUCCACUAGCCUACAACACGGACACUGCCACGUACCAUAAUUAUAGGGAAACUCGCAAAAUAAGUAUAAUUAGUAUAAAAUAACCAUUCUCAACGAGUUUUAUUGGCAUAUGGAGCUGUUUUCUGAGGCUGUGCUGAAGUCAUUCAACGUAUGCUUGCUGUUACAUAACUGAUAUUUGACUUGGUCUUGCUGCUUACAUGGUUUAAUUAUAUUCAUAAUCAUGUCCUUUCUGUGGUUACUACUGUGGUUGCAGCCAAAUUACACAAAAUAUUGUUUUACUAAAAUGACUGUAUCUAGAUAGGCUCGUACUCUUGAUUAAGUACAGUAACCCAUAACGACGACUGGUGCUAAUAUUUUCUCACAGCUCAGUUCACAGUACAGCCAGUGUCAGUAGAGAGAACCGAGUGACUGGAGGCAGUAUUCAGGUGUCUGUAUCAAGGGGAGGGAUUGACUGUCACUUAUGAUUGGGCAAUGAACAAUUCCUUAGUUGGAGCAGAUACUGAAACUGUUAGAGCUCGUCGACCUUCAUCUCUCACAGCACAACAACUCUGUUGUUCAGUGCCGUGCUACAAUUAGUAAUGGCUUUGAUACUGUAAGGCCAGAAGUAUCGAUCACAAAAACUCUAACUGUUCGUGAGACGGUCCUCACUCAUCUUAUUGUUGCACCGAAUACCAUUACCGUGAUGUGGAAUGCUCAACCUCUCACUGAGUACUGUGUGGACAUCAACACCGGUGUGGGAACUGUCGUUGUGAUUUUAAGAAAACAGAGACAAAAUGGAGUUAAGGUUCCAGAGUCAGAUGGAAGAGUGGAUUGAUGUAACAGACUAGCCUCUCUAGCCUGUUAGUGAGGGAACUAUCCGUGGAUCUUUAAACAGUGUUUCAAUUGAUAUGACUUUUUAAGCAACAACAGUACAGAUAAUUCUAGUCCUACUUUUAUACACCAAAUAAAAGAAACUUCUGGAAUUGUCUUUCCAAGUAUACUAAAUUCUAGAAUCAUCCUGCACUACAACCACAAACCACUAAAUUACUGAACUUUAAACCAUAGUAAAUUCUAGAAGUAUCCAACAGCUAGUUCUUGAUAAUUAAUAAGUCCGUUACAAUAAUAUUGAUCAUCAACAUUUGCAGGAAUUGAGCAGCCCAACGAAGCUUAUGCUCCAGUACUCAAGCUCAAGAAGAACAUUGCCUAUGAGCAAACAAAGAAACCACGGGGACAGACGAUCGAUGGCUCACAAGUCCCGGUAACAACGGAGGGAGAGUAUGCGAUCAUUGAGCCAGUUCAUGUGUACGAGGAUGUGUUGUCUGAGGGAAAAGCAAGUCGUGCAAAUUAUGUUAACAUUAACUGAAACUUUCCCACACAGUUGUUUGACGGUAUACAAUGUAUCUACCCAUCUUUGUACAAAACUGAAAAUGAAAGUUAUAAUUGUACACAGGAGUGCAUCAUAACAUGAUUCUACUGUCUUACUAUUG